UCCUCCUCUAUCGCCAACACACAAACACACCAAAAAAAGCUCAUUCUCCUUCCGUCCCUUCUCUUCCCUUCGACGAUGGAUUCCCCUUCUCGCUCUUCCGUCAUCAUUAUAGGCGCUGGCAUCUCCGGUUUAUCUGCGGCGAAAGUGCUGGCUGAGAAUGGAAUAGAGGACUUGGUGAUUUUGGAAGCGACAGAUCGUAUUGGUGGCAGGAUCCGUAAGGAAAAAUUCGGUGGAGUCUCGGUGGAGCUCGGUGCUGGUUGGAUCGUUGGUGUUGGUGGUAAAGAGUCCAAUCCAGUUUGGGAGUUCGCAAAUCAAUCUGGUCUUCGAACUUGCUUCUCUGACUAUAGCAAUGCUCGUUAUAAUAUAUACGAUCGCAGCGGAAAGAUAUUUCCCAGUGGGGUGGCGGCGGAUUCCUAUAAGAAGGCGGUGGAUUCAGCUAUUAUGAAGCUGAGAAGUCUAGAGGCAAGCCAUGUUGGCGAAGUUAUUGAACCGCCUUGCUCACCCAAGACGCCAAUAGAGCUCGCCAUUGACUUCAUUCUCCAUGACUUCGAGAUGGCAGAGGUAGAGCCAAUAUCAACAUUUGUUGAUUUUGGAGAAAGAGAAUUUUUAGUAGCAGAUGAAAGAGGGUAUGAGUAUUUGCUAUACAAAAUGGCAGAGGAUUUUUUGUUUACGUCUGAGGGUAAAAUCUUGGACAAUCGUUUGAAACUCAAUAAGGUUGUGAGGGAAAUACAGCACUCAAGAAACGGUGUUAUUGUGAAAACGGAGGAUGAUUGCGUCUACGAAGCCAAUUAUGUGAUUUUGUCAGCUAGCAUUGGUGUUCUCCAGAGUGACCUCAUUUCUUUUAGGCCUCCCUUGCCCAGGUGGAAAACAGAGGCCAUUGGGAAAUGUGAUGUGAUGGUAUACACGAAGAUUUUCCUAAAGUUUCCAUAUAAAUUCUGGCCAUGUGGUGCUGAAAAAGAAUUCUUUAUUUAUGCCCACGAGCGGAGAGGAUACUACACGUUUUGGCAGCACAUGGAGACUGCAUACCCUGGUUCAAAUGUCCUGGUUGUAACGUUGACCAAUGGUGAAUCAAAACGUGUAGAGGCUCAAUCUGACGAGGAGACAUUGAAAGAAGCCAUGGAAGUGCUUAGAGACAUGUUUGGGCCCAACAUACCUAACGCCACUGACAUUCUUGUGCCCCGCUGGUGGAAGAACAGAUUCCAGCGUGGCAGCUACAGCAAUUACCCCAUCAUUUCAAAUAACCAGGUUCUUCAUGAUAUUAAGGCCCCAGUUGGGCGCAUUUUCUUCACCGGUGAACAUACUAGUGAAAGAUUCAACGGUUACGUGCACGGUGGAUACCUCUCAGGUAUAGAAACGAGUAAAUCUCUGUUGGAAGAAAUGAGAGAAGAAAAGGAAAGAAAAAAUGAGAAUCAAACAUUUUUGCUAGAGCCCUUACUAGCUUUGACAGGAUCGUUAACUCUGACACAAACAGAAACAGUUUCAAAUCUACAUAAAUGUGAUAUUCCCACACAACUAUAUCUCAGUGGCAAGCUUGGCAUUCCAGAGGCAAUAUUAUGACUACAUGAACCCCUGAAUGAUUUCCAAUUUAAUUAUGACGGUGAUGGUGAAAAUGUGAUCAAUGAGACAGAUGGUCAGAUGGAUUUGGACUCAGGAUUCAGUUCAGACACUUAAUGUCAUUCAGAAAGUGAGAUUAAGACAGAAGAAGAAGAAGCAAGAAAAUGGCCAAGGCAUCCUUUAUGCCGCUAAGCCUUCUAGAUCUGUCGUGCCAGUUCCGAUUUCUGGAGGGAAUUGAUUUAGGGAUAUAUAAUGGAGGUACGCUGGAAGAAGAAUUGAGAUAGAGAAAAGUGUGAGAUAUACUUGUGAUUCUAAUUGUACCAUUUACUUAUUUAUGUAUUAAAGAAAAACUUUCUGGUUUAGUUGGUUGAUUCAACUAUUUGCCAGCUUUGAUAGUACUUUCUAAUGGAAAAUUGAUAUGAACUUGAUUCA